AUGGAAAACAAAGAGAAAGAGAGGCAAAUAAAGAUCAGAGAAGGCGUCGUUAAGAGAUUAACAAAGGAACUAGAGAUGUACAAGCAAGAAGUCGUCGACGGUGAAGAAACUAUGAAUAAAAUAUCUUUAGACGACGAGAAUGGUCAGUGGAAGAAGAAUAACCAAUCUAAAUUAAUAGAGGAAUCCAAGAAACUCGUCAUCGAUACCGAGCAGAGACUUACGAAAGCAAUUGAUGAAUUAGAAAAAAUAAAAUGUUAA